AUGGUAGAGACAGGUCUUCCGGCAGGAUGGGAGGUUCGCCACUCCAACUCUAAGAACCUUCCCUACUACUUCAACCCUAUGACAAAAGAGUCUCGCUGGGAGCCGCCGGCCGACACAGAUACCGAGAAGCUCAAGUUCUAUAUGGCCAACUACCACAGCGGACCCGCAGGACGCUCUGACGGAAACGGUCACAAUGAGGGCAAGAUUCGCUGUAGCCACCUUCUCGUCAAGCACCGGGAAAGUAGGCGGCCUAGCAGCUGGAGGGAAGCUGAAAUCACCCGUUCGAAAGAGGAGGCCAUCGAGAUCCUCCGCGGCCACGAGGCGCGCAUCAAUGCGGGAGAAGCCAGUCUGGGUGACAUUGCUGUAUCGGAGUCAGACUGCAGCAGUGCCAGGAAACGUGGAGAUUUGGGUUUCUUUGGACGGAAUGAGAUGCAGAAAGAGUUUGAGGACGCCGCCUUUGCACUCCAACCCGGUCAGGUCAGUGGGAUUGUGGAGACGGCCUCUGGUGUCCAUUUGAUUGAACGGGUUCAGUAA